CUGGCCAAGCACCUCCUGCGCCACCGACUGUGUCCUUGCAUCAGCCAUGAAGUUUCUCUCCACCGCGUUCGCUAUCUUCGCUCUACUUGUUGCCUCCGCCAAUGCCUCGCCCAUGCUCCGCAUGGAAACCGAAGGCAAGACCAAGACUGGACAGCAGCAAGUGCAGCAACAACAGCAGAGUAGCACUAGCAGCAGUGGCUGCAACCUCACCGGCACGUACAAGAAGGGCACCGACAUCUCGUCCUGCAGCUCGGUGACUAUCGGUUCGCUCACCGUGCCUGCUGGUGUAACACUGGACUUGAGUAAGGCCAAGAGUGGCGCUACCAUUACGUUCACCGGCACCACCACCUUCGGAACAGCCAAAUGGGAAGGCCCGCUCGUGCUGCUUGGAGGCAACAGCCUCACCGUCAAGGGCUCCGGCACGCUCGACGGCCAGGGUGCGUGGUACUGGAAGCAGGGUCAGUCGAUCACCCGGCCCGUGUUCUUCCGUCUGCAGAACGUCGUGGGCUCGACGCUGUCGGGUUUCACGCUCAAGAACUCCCCGUUCCGCACGUUCAGCAUCGUCACGUCCAAGCAGACAACGCUGAGCGGUCUGACACUCGACUCGAGUGCCGGCAAUGGUCUGGCUAAGAACACGGACGGCUUCGACCUGACCAAGAACGACCACAUCACGAUCACCGGCAACAAGAUCUACAACCAGGACGACUGUCUCGCCAUGCAGUCCAGCACCAACACGGUCUUCAGCAACAACCUUUGCUGCGGUGGCCACGGUGUGUCGAUCGGAUCACUCGGUGGUAACGCCGUCGACCAGUCUUCCACCGUUCAGGGUCUGACCGUGCAGGGCAACACCAUUCAGAACAGCGACAACGGUAUCCGUAUCAAGACCAUCAUCGGUCUCAAGGGUCUGGUCUCCGAUGUCAAAUACGUUGAUAACCAGCUUUCGAACGUUAAGAAUGCUAUCGUCAUGCACUCUGACUACAGUAAGUCGAAGGGAGGAUACACGGGCUCCCCUACGAGUGCUGUUGCGAUUGAAGGUGUAACGAUCUCCGGUCUGACCGGUUCGGCCACUAACCUGUACGACAUUGUCGCCAACCCGAAUGUGGUCUCGGACUGGACGUUCUCAGGCAUUCAGGUGAGCGCGUCCGCGAACGGCAAGGCGGUUGGUCAACCCAACAGCCUCGACGUGUAGAGAAGAUAAAACUGUAGUGUCUAGUCUAGAAUCUAUUCGUGCGAAUUGGCAUCCCUA